GAUGUAUAAGAAACGUAAUUCAUCAAACUACGGUUUACAAACAACCGACGUGUGAAGUUGUGACCCUUUAUCAUUGCGUUCGCCUGAGAAUCUUUCUUCUCUUCCUAACCAACAAAUUAUCACAAAAAAGUUCCUUUAUGAGGAUCGAGAAGUAGGAGAAGUAGAAGUGGAUACAUCUGGAAGCAGCAAUGAGUGAAGAAAUGACAAAAUCUAAGACUCUGGUGAAACACGAUCAGCUGUCACUAAUGACAAGAAUAAAAAAGAAGAGAAGAAAGAAGGAUCUCGAUCAAGUGAGACGUCAGGUCCUGGAUACAAGGAGGAAGUUGAGACAAAGAUCUAACGGGGAACGAGGACUGAAUUUGAAGGUGGAGACGUCAUUGAGAAAGACACUGAAUAAAUUUGCUCAAAGAAGACAGAACAAUGAUGAUGAGACAACGAGGGUCACAAGAGAUGACACCGAAGAAAUCAGACAAAAAACGUUGUGUGAUCGACUCCUUCCCCAGCCGUCUAUUGGGAUUUAUCGAAAUGCCAUUAGCGGCAAGCAAGUGCAGAAAACAAGUGAUACGUCUGCAAAAAAUGGGAGACGACAACCAGGUGAUGUGAUACAGCUCCUUAACAAUGACAGAUAUUCAUCAAAAAAAACUGAGGAUGUGGGAGGGGUCGAUGACAAACAACGGGAUAGCUUGAAGACGUCUGACGACAGCUCUCGCCGAGGCACAGCAGUUGAUGACAAACUGACACCAAUUGAGAAAGACCUGGAUAAUAAUCGAUCGGAGAAGCUACAGAACACGAGAAUUGAGAAAAAUUCAGGAAUUCAGUCCGUGAGACGUUGGCGCUGGUCACCUGUAACAUGUUUUGAAGAAUUUUGUGCAAAAUUCUGCAUCGAACGUUUCAUUAACUGCCCUCUAGAUUACUUCCCAGCUCCUGGAGAUAAAAUUACGAUGUUCCUGAGAGACGUGUAUGCAGAAUCCAACGAUUCUAACUGUGAUUUUUCCAUAUUAUGCGAAGAGUCUGAGAAGAGUCCGGUACAGAAUUACGUAGAACAAGCGAAAUUGACGACUGAAAGUCUUUCAGACAUUUCAUGUUCAGCUAUUGAUGAUGAGAAUCUGGAAUGGAGUAGAAACCCUCAAAUGAUACAUGACCAGUCUCUCAGAUAUGAUGAUUCGCAUGACUUGAGUAAACCGAAAAAGAGAAACAGGCUGAGAUCAUCUGCAAUUGAGACAGACAAUUUACCAGUAUUUGUUGGGACGUCACGAGAUUUUGGAAAAAUGGAAAAACCCAGUUGCUAUCCAAGAAAAUCAGUCAAGUCUCGAAAUAAUCUAGAUAAAUUGAAUCAUCUAUCAUAUGAAGUAGAUGAAUCGCUCAAGAAUGUAGAUGAAAAUCAUAAUAUGAUCCCAACUCCGAGUGUUGUAUUUCGUUUAUUUCGUCAUGACAAAUUCUUCCAUGUGAACAGCAAGGAUUUUGACGACAUCAAGGCAACCAAAGGUCAUACAAUUAGUAAUUACCCCAUAAACAGCAGAGAUUUAAUGAUAAAUAAAAGACAUAAGACAAAUGAGGCGAGAUUUUUCGUCGAUUAUUUGCCCGACGCGUCUCAUCAGUACUCAAAGGAUACAUCAGAGAUGUUGAAAGGAUUCCUACGAUUUUCAGACGACAAUCCUCGAGAUAAAUCCCUCACCAGAGGACUGCACUUCAAAUCGGAUGUCAUCAACACAUGGCAGCGUAAAUCAUUAUACAAUAAGACAGUCGAUGGUAAUUUCAAAGGCAAUGCUGUUGCAAUGCAGGAUGCUGUCGUCAAGAACCUGAAAGUCCUGUCCUUCCACGAUGAUUAUUUUAAUCAAGCCAAUCAGCUGAAUGAAAAAAAAUUCACUGAAGUCAAAUCCAAACACAUGCAACCGCUCAAGUAUUUUGCAGUUGAUAAUAAGUACGAUAUCAGGAGUUGCCCUCGGCGUAUUGCAGUCUAUCCAAAUAAAUAUUCAUACAACACUGAGGAAGGUCCAUUGACAGUGACUGCAAAUCCAUUCUAUCAGAAUGGUAAUACUGAUCAAGUCGUUGUACCUCGACCGAUGGCCGAUCCUGUUAUUUUAUUUAAUCCGGAGAAGAGGAAGUACAAAACCGAAUACGACGUUGUAAAUUUAAGAAAUAUGAACAAACAAGUGGACGCUGCCCAAUGGGGUCCAGAGAGACCAGCAGACAUAUUGCAUACAGAGGAGUGGAUCAAUUCCCGAGGAAAGCAUUACCUUUCUCCAAAUUAUUACCAACAUUACCGAAGUGAUGAUAAUAAACGAUUGGAUCGUAGUAAACGUGGCGAAAUUCUCUUUGAUACUGUAAAUAGUUAUUAUUAUUAGUUUGAUUAUACAACUUUUGUACACGUACUUCUAUCAUUACCUAGCAUCGAUAAGGCGUAUCAUGUGAUAUAUUUAAUUAGUGAAUAUUUUGACAAGUAAUAUAAUUAUCGCUUUAGUUAACCCAGUGGCACCAUAUCUAUUUAUUAAAAUAAUAAAAUUUUUCCGUUGCCAGAAAUGUCUCCACAAUAAAAAGUUGACUAUUUAAUAAUAUA